AUGGCUGUAUACUAUAGUUCUUUGGAUGACGAAGAGAAAAAAAAGAAGUUGAAAUUAUGGAAAGAUAAUGCAAUUCAGCUUAUGAUUGCAACCAAUGCUUUUGGUAAUCUUGUACAAGAAACUGGAAAAGCAGGAAGAGAUCGUAAUUCUGCAAUACAAGCUGAAUCAGUGCGUAAAAUUAAUGUGAAAUCUGAUACUAUUAGAAUAGUAGAGGUUUAUUGUCAUCUUAAAUGUGAUAAUGAAGAACUAAUCUCAAUAAAAAUUUAUAAUGAGAAGCAAGAAAAAUAUAUUCGAAUAAAAGCUGAUGCUCAGCACUUACUAGAUUGGCUUAUAAUACGUGGAGUUGUAAAGGGUUAUUGA